UAAACUGACACUCUUCUGGUUGCAUCGACAAUGUGAAGUCGUUUUAGUAAAUGACACAGCUAUACUUAUAUUAUCUAUUGAAAAGCUGGACUUUUAGCUUAAAUACAUUUUCGAUUCCUACUGUAGUGGCUCUAUUCGUGACUUAAAAGGUAUUUUGUCUCUUACAAGCGUUCGAUUCCACGGUCACGCUAUGCAAGGGCCGAGGGCCACCUAGUGCAGCUGUAGUCUAACUGUUGAUAUUGUUAAUAUAAAAUCAGGCUAAAGUUAGACCCUCAUAGAAAUAAUCUCAUAUGUGUCUCACUGUUUUCACCCAUAGUGUUCUUACGUUGCUAUGAAAUCCAGGCAGAAUCCCUUCCCACCAGCAUCCACAGGGAGGAGGGCACACCCGUCCCGAAAGCAGUCCCUGACAAAGAAAGAGAAAGAAACAACUCUGAGUCCUGAUCGUUUAAGCCAUAGAUCCAGAGUACACUUACACUCACGAAGCCAGGGGGAACAACAGCUGUACAACGAUGAUGGUCAUUUUUCUGCCUCUGAUGGACUACCAGUUUUUACUGACAUCUGGCCCUCCACUCACUGUGAAUUCUCUCCUGGCCGCAGUACUGCCUCUCCUGAAAUGGAGGCAACCAAACAGUCUAUGAGAUCAGAGAGAUUAAAAGUUUCUUCAGAAGCUCAAGAGGAUUCGGUGCUGGCAAAAUACAUUGAUCGGUUUCGCCACGGUCAACCUCAGAGUCGAGAGGAGCGCCAGCAGGUGGCCUUCACCAAUGGAGAGGAGCAGGUGCCUUUUUGGUGGAUAACACACUCAGCAAUGGGCAAAGACGCCCAUAAUUACAGCCCAGUUGGACGGCAUCGGCAUGACAGAUCCCUCAGUGUUUUGUCUGACACUUCCCAGGGUGAGUUUGAGGACACAGAAAUACUACAACUUCAGGAUAGGGCUAACAGACUUCUGCUGAGAGGUGAAUGUAGUCCAAGUGAUGGAUCUGUCCCCGUCAGCUCAGAUGGCCUGGGAUGCUCCAAUUUCUCCUCUCCAGUCAGUGUAGACGAGCCAGUGCGACAACAUGUGACACCCAGUUUGAUUCAAUCUUUUGCUGCAAAGGACAGCUCAGACUCAAAUCGGGCCGUAUCCUCCCAAAAAUCUGUCAUCCCUACUUUGGGGCCCAGCACACGUCCAGAAGAGGACAUUUUAUUCCAGUGGCGUUUACGGAGAAAGAUGGAGCAAGCUAGGGAGUGGCCCCAAACCCUGCAACACUCCAGUAUUCAUGGUUCUGCAUUUAGCUGGCAGACCCCCAGUUUAAACCAUCCAUCAACCAGUGGACAACCUUGCAAGUUCUCACAAAGCGAUGCUGCUCCCCAAGCAGAAACCACUGAGGCCAAAAUAAUGUAUCCCCCAGCUCCAAGCCCUCAACCCUUCCCUGCUUAUGUUCUCUCUGGCUCUUCAGUCUCUCAACCCCAGGCUCUUGCCAACGUUCCUGCCCACAUGCAUCUGCUCUGUGAUGUACUUCCCUGCCCCAUCCAGCCAUCUCGUUCUGAAGGCGAGAAAAACAUUUCUCAAAGGUUAGAUGAAUCUAAAUCCACAGUUAUCCAUAAAAAAGUCCAAGUCCCUGAUGAUGGGCCUUUUGGAGCUCAUCAGUCGUCUUCACCAUAUGCAUCAUGUGAAACUACAGAGAGAGAGGAGCAUAGUCACCAAAAAGUACCUGAAAAAACCAAGAAAAAGAGAGCAGAGAGCAAAGAGCCAGAGAAGAAGAUGGCACUCUCCACCAGACAGCAGAGGAAAUCAGCAAGGGGUUCUUCAGAUCAGGGUCUUCCAAAAAAGGUCACGCCAUGGAAAGAGCAUCAUCUACUGGAAGAAGUCCAAGAGUUUACCAGUAAAAGCUGCAGUGUUGAUCAUGAACCACCACCCUCUCCAGUACACACUGCUUUAGGACAGGUAGUUUCAGACGUUUUGUUCCCUGCGGUGGGUUCAUCUCCUGGGCAGAAGAUCCCUGUUUCGUUGGUUACACCUCCUCUGACUGUCUCCUCACAAUCUCCAGUUCCUCAAUGUGAUGUUCAGAACUCUCUGAAAGUCAUUUCACAGCUUCUUCAAGAGACUGAAGAUUCUGAUGAAAAAGAGUUUGAAGAUGACCCCCUGUUACAAGUCCUUCGCCAGAAGAGAAAAUGGGUAAAGGAUCAGAUCAGUGAAGUGGACACUAUCCUGAGUGAAUUCCACAAGGAGCAACAAGUUACUUGAACAUUGGCAAGAAACACUCGAAGUACAGUUUUUAGUUUUCUUUUAUUUUUAUAAAGAAAUAAAGUGUAUUUGUACUUUUGGAAUAAAUAUUUCCACAUUAAAGAAG